UACUAAAUUUUUUUACAAUUAAAGGAAUAUUUAAUUUCUUUCGUAUUAACAUUUUAAAUACUUAUAUUUCAAUUAUGUGUUUCACAUUUUGUGAAUUCUUACAUUUUUUUCCGUCUUCAAAGUAAAAUAAAAUGUCUGCUACGUUAGCGACACACCAUGGUGGGGAUGGUGAUGGCAGGGAUCCCCCUGAUCCUUCUAGGGUACCGUCGUCCUGCGAAUCAGGUUUUCUUAUUUUCUCAAAUCUAACAUUGUUCUGAAUAUAAAUAGUGAAUGUAUGAUUUACUAAUAAUAUUAUUUUUCCCUCGAAUAUAUAUAGUUCCACCUCCGGUUAGAAAGGGUCGUGGGGUUGCCGCAAACGCUAACCUCGAAAAAAAAAGGAGAGAAGCUGGUAAGCCCUUACCGGUGGAGGUAGAUCUUGAAACCGGCAAAGUAGUUGGCACUGAAGCCAGCAAUUAUGUUCGAUUUCUUGGCCAACAAGUGAGCAUGUUGUGCCCGGGUGGUCAUCUAAAUUUUUCCGAUGUACCCCAACAAUACAAGGAUCAAGUGCUCAAUCGAAUCAGAUACUACUUUGAUAUCGAUGGGAAUCCCCACCGAGAGCUACUUAUGAGGACUUUAUAUUCGGUGAUGGCGGAGCGGUAUAGUGAGCGAAAGACGCUCAGACACAAGCAUUUCAAACAACAUUACAAAAAACCAGAAGAUUGGGACACAGUUCUCAAAUUCCCCCCUGACUACUUGAAUACCGAGACUUGGAAACCGGUUUGCGAAUUGUUCGUUAGCGAGGCAUUUUUGAAUCGUUCAACUAAAAAUAAAUCGAAUCGGCAACUAAUGAAAUAUCCAACAACGCAAGGCACAAAAUCGUUGGCGUCCAUACGCCACGGAAUGGUAUGUAUUAAUUCUUUAAUUGUUAAAUGUUUCAUAAAAAAAAAUUCUUUAAUAGUUAAUAAUAUUUUUUUCUUAUAAUAAACUAAUUUAAUUGUUUAUAUUUGUA